AUGGCAGCUAAUGAUUCACUCCCUACAAAAAAGAACUUGCAGAGGCGGAAAAUAGUGACAGACCCAACGUGUGAUCAAUGUGGAGAAGAAGAUGAAGAUUGUUUACAUGCAUUGUGGGGCUGCCAAUCAGUGAAGCAUGUCUGGUGGGAUUUUGAAUGUUGCAGAAAAUUCAUAUCAGAAAGGUUUGUAAGUUUCCGUGAUUUAUUUCAAGGAAUUCUUGCACAAAGAAACCAACACAUGGCUGAACUGUUUGCCUACAUGGGAUGGAGUCUAUGGUACAACAGGAAUGCAAAAAGAGUUGGGUCCACUUCCUUGCCAGCGGAAAAAAUUUUCAAUGAUGCUGUGGAACGGCUGCAAGAGUUCCAUUCGGUGCAAGAUUACUCAAUACAAGAUGACGUGGUUGUUCAUUCAACCCAAUGGCGGCCUCCUCCACAUCCAACCUACAAAAUAAAUUUUGAUGGAGCUACUUUCAUUGAAUCGGACACGGCAGGUUUGGGUGUGGUAGCUCGUGACUCAGAUGGUAUGGUUAUCGCCUCCUUGUCGGAACGAAUCAGUCUUCCACCAACGGUUGCUGACUUAGAAGCUCUAGCGUGCAGAAGAGCGAUCUUAUUUGCCCUUGAAUUAGGACUCCAAGAUGUGGUGUUUGAAGGUGACUCGGAGGUUAUUAUCAAACACCUCAAAGCAGAACAGCCCUGUUUGACAGCUUAUGGGCACAUAAUAGAUGAAGCACGAAGCCUUUCAGCCAGGUUGAGACAAGCAUCAUACUCACACAUAAGGCGCAAGGGAAACAAAGUAGCUGAUCAACUUGCAAAACUAGCAAAAAGCUUGUAUGAACCACGAGUGUGGAUGGAGGACAUUCAUAGUAAUGCUCUGCAAUAUGUAUUCCAUGACAGAGGCGUAAUGCCUGUUUAA